CUGGGUUGAGGUAGUGUUAAUCGUGUGCCGGUACUUACAUAGGGAGAUGCUACAAUUUUUCCAUUUUGUAACAGAUUAUUGGACGUUUUAUAACAUAAUUAGAUUGUGAUACACGUUGAAUUUUUAAUUUCACAUGAGUUUCAAGUGAACAUCAGUGUCGGGUGUGUUUUUAUUUUAGUAAAAUUUGAGUUUAGUGCUUGUGCAAGGUUUUAUGAGACAAGGUACGAGAACCGGAGACUAUACUUCAUUCUUAGUUAUUUACAGAUAACUACGAUGUUCGUCGUUGAUUUUGUGAUAUGCUCCCGGUAAAGGCCUGAUCUCUUAGGUUAUCGACAAUAUGGCGUCGUAAGCAGUGCAGUGUUAUUUAUAGCGGUGUCAGUGUGAGCGGCGGGGAUGGGCGCGGCGGGCGUGUCAGACGAGUACUCGCCGCCACGGCUGGCGCGGCUGCUGCACGCGCUGCCGCACAUCAACGUGACGCUGCACCGCGUCAACGAUACUUUCGCGCCCAAUUCGCCCAUAUACCUCGAGAGCUUGGGGAUCCUCGGCUCGAUACCCGGUGCAUGGCUCAUCCUGACGCUGACGGUGCUCCUCAUAUACCUAUUGACAAGAUGUUGCGACAGAAAACAGCGACCGCCGAGAAGCAUAACUGCACUCAAGAUAACACUGAUGAUAUUAUCGGUGCUAUGCUGCGGCGCGAUCGGCGUCGGUCUCUUUGGUAACGACGACCUCCAUAAUGCGAUGCUCCAGAGCAUCCAGGCUGGCAACCAGCUGGCGGCUCUUGUCAACACGGUCAAGAAUCAGUCGAGUAUUUUAGAAGAGGCGAUGGGAUCUCGCGCGCGCGCCCCGCUGGCCCGCCUGGCGGACGCGCUGGACGCGCCCGUGGCCAACCAGACCGCGCUGGGCACGCUGCUCAGGGCCCUGUCCGCCCUCAGGAACAACGCCAGCGCCGCCGUCUCGGCCGCAGACAACCUGCGCAGGCCGCUUGCCGCUCUUAACCUAGACGUAUUCAUGAAGCGGCUGUGGGUGUGGGAGGCGGCGCGCUGGGCGGGCGGCAUGGCGGGCUGGUGCUGCGGCGGCGCCGUGUGCGUGGCGCUGCUGGCCGCCGCCGCGCGCCGCUCGCGCCGCGCGCUGCUGCUGCUCUGUGUGUGCGCGCUGGGCGCGCUGGUGGCGUGCUGGGCGGCGGGCGCGGCGCUGGCGGCGGGCGCGGUGGCGGCGGCGGACGCGUGCCAGGACCCCGCGCGCGCGCUGGCGCUGCACGCGCCGCACGGCCUGCCCGUCGACAUGGUGCACUACUACCUGUCGUGCAAGGUGUCGCGCGAGAACGUGCUGACGGCGGAGCUCCGCAACGCGCAGCGCGCGGUGGUGGCGGUGCGGCAGGCGCUCGCGGUGCUGUCGCGCGGCGCGCCGCAGCUUUUCAACGACCCCGGGCUGCAGCCGGCGCUGGGCGCGCUGGGCGCGGGCACGGGCGAGGCGGAGCGCGCGCUGGUGUCGCUGAGCGGCGCGCUGGAGUGCCGCAUGGCGCGCGCCUACUUCGUGGCCGCCGCGCGCGCCGCCUGCGACGGCGGCCUGCAGGCGCUAUCUCUGCAGCUGCUGGCGGCCAUCGUCGCCGGGUUCCUGUUCACUGCUAUCGUUCUGGUCGAUUCGCAUGCUUGGAUUUACAUCAACCCGAAACGCAGCGUGUCCGGCGAGGAGCAGGCUCCGUUCCUGUCGACGGGCAGCGCCGGCUCGCGCACGCUGCCGCGCCCCGCCCCCUUCCCCAACGGCAAGCCGCCCUCCUACAGCGCCGCCGUGCAGCUCAUGGACCUGGCCGACCGCGACAGGGACCGCGAACGACCAAGGUCGCGCAUGUCGGGCAGCGCCACGCUGGGCCGCGCGGCGGGCACGGCUCCGGCGCUGGGCGCGCUGGGCGGCGCGCUGGGCGGCUCGCACACGCUGGGCCGCCCGCCGCACAACGGCAAGUACGCCACGCUCAGCAAGCAGUGCAAGACGCUCGAGAGCAACGACUUCUACUGAGAGCGGGCGGGCGGCGCGGCUCCAGAACACGCGGCGGGUCAGACGAAUCGUUCGGGCUCGCUGAACCGCUUCGACCCGAAGUACGCCUCCUUCGGGCCGCGCGCGCCGCGCCCGCGCCCGCCCGCGCCGCCGCCCGCCCUCGCCACCUUCUCGCCCGACGCGCCGCGCACGCACGCCGC